AUGGCAGACGAAAGCCUUCACGUACCGGACACCAGCAUCGAUUUCCAUAUCGUCCAGCUGUUCGAGCGGCUCGAGGCGAUGCGCAAGGAACCGGGCCAAAAGUUGUCCCGGUCGUUGCAAGGCCGUAUCAACAUGCACACCGAGCUGCGCAGUCUGGAGCUUUGGAGAUCUAUCACGUGCGAAAGUUUAGCAUCGUUCUUCUACGUGUUUAUCGUAUGUGGUGCAGCAGCGGGAGCUGGCGUUGGGGCGAGCGUGUCCUCCGUACUGCUGGCCACCGCACUUUCUUCCGGCUUUUCCAUGAUUGCCUUGACGCAGUGUUUUCUGCACAUUUCUGGUGCUCACAUUAACCCGGCCGUCUCGAUCGGGAUGCUUGUCUCGCGCCAAAUUUCACCGCUCCGUGCCCUGCUGUACAUCGUGGCACAGAGUGGAGGAUCAAUUGCUGGAGCUGCCUUACUGUACGGUGUCACCGUACCUGGCUACCAGGGUAAUCUGCAAGCGGCCGUUUCUCACAGCUCAUCGCUGGCCGCCUGGGAGCGAUUCGGCGUCGAGUUUAUCCUGACGUUUAUCGUCGUCCUGGCGUACCUCAUCUCAACCAGCUCGUUCAAGAAGUAUUUCGGCUCGUCCGCGAUCGCCAUCGGUGCGGCGUAUAGUGCGUGCAGCUUCGUAUCGAUGCCCUACUUAAACCCGGCCCGAUCACUCGGUCCUUCGUUUGUGCUGAACAAAUGGGACAACCACUGGGUGUACUGGGUAGGACCGAUGGUUGGCGGAGCCGUGUCCGGUGUACUGCACGAGUUCAUCUUCAGCGCCAAGCGUUCGUCUAAGCGCUCAAAGGACGACGUCGACUCUAGCCUGAACUCCGAGGACGACAUCAACUACGACAUGGAUCUGGAGAAACCUCAGCAACAGCCACCACACCAGGGCAAAUACCACCAGUACCGACCACCGAGCGGUACACUCACCGGAAGUCAGCAACGUUACUGCCAAAGUAUCUACACUGCCGAACCAACCUCGAAGGUGGAACGCGUGGAACCGAUCUACGGUGGCACCAAGUCGAUGUACUGCAAGUCACCACCGUUGACCCGUGCCAACCUUAAUCGUUCACAGUCGGUGUACGCUAAGAGCAACACCGCACUGAACCGUGACCUGCCUGUCCGUGCCGGGCCACUGGUGCCAGCUCAGAGCCUUUACCCGUUGCGAGUAUCUGCCGCACCGCAGACGCACCUACAGAACCAGAACGUGCAGAACCAGCUUCAGCAGCGCUCGGACAGUAUAUACGGCAUCCGGAGCUCGAUGCGACAACCGGCACCGGCUGAUGGCCGCAUGGCCUCCCAGAUGCCUCCCCAGAUGGCACCGCUAGGUGAUGGUCAGGGCUUCCAACCGAUCUACGGCUCGCGCCAGAACCCGAACUGCUCCACCGACGCGCUCAAGUUCGAUCGUGAUCCCAACAGCCGUGAUGAAACGCUGAACUCCAAGUUCUCGCGCGGCACCGGAGCUAACCGGCCCGAAUCGAUGUACGGCGGAGCUGGGCAACGGCGCAUCCACUCGGCCCAGUCCGACGAUAGUUCCUACGGAUCGUACCAUGGUCCUGGACCGGCACUCACGCCACCGACGCGCAACGCUAGCAACAGUAGCAGCACCUACAAUCCGGUCGUAGGUACCGUGCUGCCAAACUACGAGCGGAAGACAUCCUCAUCGUCUUCCUCGAACCAGCAGCAGCAGCAACAGCAACAGCAGCAGCAGCAGCAACAGCAGCAAUCUCAGCAGUCACGUGGUGCUGGUCCGAAUGGUUCCAGCAUACAGAAUACGAGUCUCCCACCACCGCCACCACCGCUGCACCAUACGAUGCCAUACUCGAUGCAUCCUGUGAGACAGAAUUAGGUACUAGGUCAUAUCGUCUCCACUCCACUAAUCCUCCAAUACCCGGAAGACCACUAAGCUAGUUGCUCCAGAUGACAAGCAAUCUUUAGAUUCGUUUGCGUCUGAAGCUAGAAUGUAAGUGCUGUGAAUGAAGCAGAGUGUUUGCGUGUGUGCGUGUUCGAUUUGUGUGCGUUUUUGUUUGUGUGUAUUAGAAUGUAAGGUUUAAGCCUGGUACGCACGGCAACCCCACCACCGUUGUUGGUCCAGAUAGGCGACAAGCUUUUCUUCGGAAACCCCAGUGAGCUAAUGAGUAGUGGUUUCGAUCGGCCGGCCAGCCAUUGCGGACAUUGCUAACGAUCAUUGAUCCGACAUGGGCAACCGCCAAUCAAACAUUUUUUCUUUAAUAUUUAGACAUUCAUCCAAAUUAUCCCACCCCGGCUUUUCCCCUUAUCGUGGACCCUCCCAAAGGUCAACACACAUGUUAUACGGCGUGACAUUCGAUAGCCGAUAGCUGUUUCCAUCGAUAUUAAGAGACUGAAUUUAUCCUACCUUGUUCGCUUUCUUCAGCGGAUUUCUCGUCAAUGCCAUAUAGUAUCAUAUAUCAUCUUAUUCUAACGUACUGCGCAAGAGGACAGAGAGAGAGAGAGUGAGAGGGAGAAGAAAGAAACAGGAUAGGUUUCACUACGCAUACUUCAGAGUAUUCCAAAGUACAGACUGAUCAAUUGGUGGGAGUUCGUUUGUAAGGUUCGGGGGUUCGUUUUUGGCGUUCGCUCCAUUUUUUUGUAGUACAAAUGUAAAUAGAUAGGCACGGUUUGAGUUUGUUUUAUUAUUUUUUUGAAUGUUUUUUUGUGUUUUUGAUUUUAUUCUUUGUGGCGUGUAGAAUUUAGGUUCUAGCCAUAGCCAAGCCUGUUCGAUACAUCCAAAUCGAUGGAAUUGAUAUCAGGGUAGGAACGGAAAGGUAGUUCACCUAGGACAAGAAUAAAAGCAAUGCAUGAUGUUACUGGAUUAUA